AUACGCAGACAAUACCCACAGAUACGCAGACAAUACCCACAGAUACGCAGACAAUACCCACAGAUACGCAGACAAUACCCACAGAUACGCAGAACAAUACCCACGGAUACGCAGACAAUACCCAAGGAUACGCAGGACAAUACCCACAGAUACGCAGACAAUACCCACAGAUACGCAGACAUUGCCCACAGAUACGCAGACAAUACCCACAGUAUACGCAGACAAUACCCAACAGAUACUCAGGCAAUACCCACAGAUACGCAGACAAUACCCACAGAUACUCAGACAAUACCCACAGAUACGCAGACAAUACCCACAGAUACGCAGACAAUACCCACAGAUACGCAGACAAUACCCACAGAUACGCAGACAAUACCCACAGAUACUCAGACGAUACCCACAGAUACUCAGACGAUACCCACAGAUACGCAGACAAUACCCACAGAUACGCAGACAAUACCCACAGAUACUCAGACAAUACCCACAGAUACGCAGACAAUACCCACAGAUACGCAGACAAUACCCACAGAUACUCAGACAAUACCCACAGAUACGCAGACAAUACCCACAGAUACGCAGACAAUACCCACAGAUACGCAGACAAUACCCACAGAUACUCAGACGAUACCCACAGAUACGCAGACAAUACCCACAGAUACGCAGACAAUACCCACAGAUACGCAGACAAUAUCCAGUUCAAGCCUUAGACUGACAGGUUUAAACCUUAGACUGACAGGUUCAAGCCUUAGACUGACAGGUUCAAACCUUAGACUGACAGGUUCAAGCCUUAGACUGACAGGUUCAAGCCUUAGACUGACAGGUUUAAACCUUAGACUGACAGGUUCAAGCCUUAGACUGACAGGUUUAAACCUUAGACUGACAGGUUCAAGCCUUAGACUGACAGGUUCAAGCCUUAGACUGACAGGUUCAAGCCUUAGACUGACAGGUUCUAACCUUAGACUGACAGGUUCAAACCUUAGACUGACAGGUUCAAGCCUUAGACUGACAGGUUCAAACCUUAGACUGACAGGUUCUAACCUUAGACUGACAGGUUCAAGCCUUAGACUGACAGGUUCAAGCCUUAGACUGACAGGUUCAAGCCUUAGACUGACAGGUUCAAGCCUUAGACUGACAGGUUCAAGCCUUAGACUGACAGGUUCAAGCCUUAGACUGACAGGUUCAAACCUUAGACUGACAGGUUCAAGCCUUAGACUGACAGGUUCAAACCUUAGACUGACAGGUUCAAGCCUUAGACUGACAGGUUCAAACCUUAGACUGACAGGUUCAAACCUUAGACUGACAGGUUCAAACCUUAGACUGACAGGUUCUAACCUUAGACUGACAGGUUCAAACCUUAGACUGACAGGUUCAAACCUUAGACUGACAGGUUCAAACCUUAGACUGACAGGUUCAAACCUUAGACUGACAGGCUCAAACCUUAGACUGACAGGUUCAAGCCUUAGACUGACAGGUUCUAACCUUAGACUGACAGGUUCAAGCCUUAGACUGACAGGUUCAAAUCUUAGACUGACAGGUUCAAAUCUUAGACUGACAGGUUCAAUGAACACACUGACAAGUCCAGUAUACUCUGACCAAAUGGCUACCCGACUGUUAAAAGCCAUCGGUAGCCUUAGGCUAUUUCUUCCAAUGACCCAACAGCAACUCGGCACCCACAGACCAGAAAUUCGUUUUCACUGACACAAUUCACUUCUGUGAGAACACGAACCCCAUUUUUGACAUGGUGCUCGUGUUAGU